CAACAGCCGGGUCAGGCAGGGGCCGUUGUGGCCGCUUGUUGAUAAUUGCGAGGCUUGCCGAUGACGACGACGACGACGAUGUUGGUGACGGUGUUGUUGUUGUUGUGAGGCUGAUGUUGCUGCUGUUGUUGCUGCGUGUGACCGACUCGCUAGUGAUCGUCGCGAUGGCGGCAUGAGUCGUCGGUCGUGCAGAAGGCCUCGCGUCUCUCCAGCGAGGCCUCAUGGAUAGUCCGCUCAACAUGGCCCAUUUGCAAGCCAGGAAGGCAGAGAAGUUUCUGGCAGCUGGCAAGUAUGAGGAUGCUAUUGCCUGUCAUAUCAAAGCUGCUGGGUUUCUCGAUGAGGCCAUGAAGCUUACAGACUCUGAACAGGCACUGCUGUCCAUGCGCCUGCAACAGCAGGACCACUUGACCCAGCAGCGGCUGGUGCGCGAGCGGUGGCGCCGAGCCCAGCGGGAGCAGCGGCUCCGGGAAGAACUCCAGAGGAGGGACAGGGAGCGUGCGGCAGAUGUCACGGCGGCCAUGAGCGCCGCAGACGUGUGCGACAGCGCUGCCGCGCCACUUUCUACCAGAGGCGCCGUGAGGACAGCGAAUGCACACAUGAGCUGGGAUCUGCGCCAGUGCGGCGCACGCCGGGACCCGCUGGAGCGCGAGCCCGACACGCUCUUGUACUACCUGCUCGGCGGCAUGGAGCAAUCGACGCUGCCCGGAACCAAGGUGCCCAAGGACGCGUGCACGGUGUUGGAGGAGCAGCGCACGCACACGGCAGACCUGCUGCGGAUGCUCGGCCUCCUUCUUCGCGACAACGAACGCCUGCGGGCCGACAACGAGCGCCUUCGCGCCGAGAACGAAGCACUGCGCGCCGACGAGUGCCAUCACAUGGCGGCGGUGGCGGCGGCGGCAGCUGCCGAUGCCGCGGCCUCACCGGGAGUUAGAGCAGGCUUGGGCUUGCCGGCGUGCGGGCUGGACUCGGACACGCACUUUGUGGACCCGCACGAGGUGUGGGGUCUGGCUGGGAUGGGCGUCGCGCAGCAUGGCCUGGGGCCGGCCUUCCCGCACGCCCUGACGCCGUUGGGAGAGCUGCCCCCGCUGGAGUUGCCUACGGUGGAAGGGUUUGAUCUGAGGGAACUGGAGGACAACAGUGGGCGGAGCUGAGAGGUGGCAAUGAAUCUUGAGCCUGAAUUAUGUUAUAGUAGUGGGGAUGAAUUAUCACUCGACUUGAUCAGGUUGCUCAUGUGUUAAUUAACACAUGAGCAACCUAUAAUCAGGGACUGGUUCAACCUGUCAUCACUCUUCGGUUGGUAAAACAAGUCCUGCUUUGUGAAAAGAACACAUUGCAUUUUCUUUGGAUAUUCUGACCCCUGCCUUGGAAAUGUAGAAUUUCCACCACUGGCUCAGGCCUGCAACAGAGAUUAACACUGCCCUUUUGUUCUUUGAACAUUGAGACACUUAGAUGUAAUAUAAGCUAAGCUUAAAGAAAACACGUGUCCAAACACUAUGUUAUAUAUUACCAACUAUUAUUAUGGGUAUUUUUGGGGCCAUAUACUUGGUAAAGUUAUCUGGGUCCAAUUCAGCAUUCUUAAUUCAAAAUAUAUUGAAAUAUUUCCUGUGGGAUGUGCUGACCCUGAAAUAAUUCACCAGUUCUGACUUGUCGAAGUCGAGUCACCUUGAUAAGAGUGCGCGGUACAGACUAUGCACAGGUUUAUUCGGCCAAACAUUUGUAUGACUGCUGGGGUAUGAACUUGAUAUUAACUCAUGAGUAAAUACACAUGUUUGUCCACUGAAAAUAGCCCUCAAUAACUCAUAGGUUUGAAACCUUUGAGCGAGGUAUUUAGCCAGGGUUUGUGGGAAAGUAAUUUAAUAUUUGAUUUUGUAAGGACCUACAAAAUGCCACCUUGAGUUAUGUAUAUUCAACAGUAUGCCAAUACACCUGUAAGCAUGUGCAUUUUUUGGGACUGAGAGUAAAGUACUCAUACUUGGAAGUGUAUAAUUGAUGAAACAUGUUAUGCAGACCAUAUUCAACCGUGUAAGCUAGAACCUUACACUUUGUGAGUGCAAAAAGUUAUGUUAUAUUUUCUGUAUGUAGGCUGUGCUGACAAGCAAGGGUGUUUCGAUAAGUAAACAUACUUUUAACAAUUCUGCACCCUGUCAGUGCGAUGUAGGUAUAAUUUGCAUAGUUAAUAGGGCAUAACCCCCUGGUAGUCAUGUGCAAUAUUUGUAGUGGCUAGAUGGGUGUUUUUUCUGGGUGUUCCGGUUUCAUCCCAAAUGUAAACACUCGUAAAAUUGGGCAAUAACGUCUUCAUAUAUGGAGGACAGCAGAGCUUGGGGAAUUUGGCAACGGCUCACCCCUCUGGUGGCCUUUUCCAAUGGUCUAUGGUUCCUCGUGCCUCAGAGUCAUUCUCACUCUUCCACAGUGAGCGAAUACUGUGCAUGUUACAAGUUGAAAUUAUUACUUGUUAUGGCAGAUGUAUCGCAUGAUCAAAUAUGGUACAUUGGAUGACUAACCUUCAAGAGCAGCAAUCAUUUAUUUAGUUUUUUGGCCUCUGGGGAUGUAAAUGCAAGUGAAAUCUAUUGCGUAAUGAAGCUGCGAUAUGCUGACAACUGAGGCAUGGCAACAAUUACAAAUUGGUGGAAUGGCUGCAUUCAAAUUGGCCGUGACACUAAAAUCUGGCUGAUACGGCACAACAUAUGCAAGUGCUUUUUACUUUUUGGAAUUUCCAAUAACAUUAAUGGCACCCAAUGGUCAAGCACUUUUCAGGAAUUCAAAUUGUCACGCAUAAUUAUUAAGUGAACUCUUUUUACACAUCCCACCAACCACUGAUAUGUGCAUAAUUCUUGUGUCAUUGCAAUUCAGAAGUUCUAAAUGUGAGCAGCAUUGCCUGGAGGUGACUCUUUAACUGGUGUACCACUUCUGCCGUUAUUAGAAAAAUGCUUACGUCCGAAUUGCAGCUGUUCCACCAUUGAAUGGCGCUGCUAUAGGUUACAGCAUUAUAAUAAAUACACAUUUUGAUACACCCUCGUUAUCCUUAACUUCGUAGGUCAAGCUAUAGCCACAGAGAGAUAAUGUGGAUUAUUGUUUGCUUUACAAUGUUAUUUUGUAUGACCUUUAGCCAAUUUAUAAAAUACAAGGCUAACAUGCAUUGUGAUUAUUUUUAAGUGACUUGAGUAACACAUUACCAACUUUGGCAUUGCACUCAUGCUUUCUCUCUAUCGCAGUACUACGUAUCAUGUGUACUGUUUGAUGAACAUUGAAAUGUAAUGAAAAAAUGUUGCUGUUAAUAUUGUUAAUGUUUUGUAAGAUUUUUUUGUGCAUCUGAUGUUUAGAAGAAAUUUGCUUUGUAUUCCAUAAUAGGUGCAUGUUGUGAGCUUGUAUUUAUUUUUUUUCAGGAUAAAUUGUUCUUAAAAUUGUUCACAUUUACAUAUAUUAAAGUAUGUCUGUGCUUUUAAUUUGUUCUUCACACAGGUUGGUUCUGUAUACCCAAUUUAGAAUGUUUCAAAAUCAACUCGUGUCUUAUUGUAUAGACGAAAUUUUUUUUAUGCUUCAUUACAUUUCAUACAAUUCCUUUUUUCAUGUUAUUGUAUUGUGCUUCCAAUCGAAAUAUUGAACAUGUAAGUGGUCUACGCAAAAGCUUGAUACAGUAGUUUUGAUUUAUUGUUUUAUAUUUGUAUUAUUUUAUUAUUUCCCUUCUACGUGACUUUACCGAAAGAACCAAGAAUACACACAGUAGUUGUUUACCAGUGUGUUUCUAUGUCUAAAAUAACGUGACAUUGUACAUGUUUGCUUGAGAGCGUGUGUUUUAUUUCAGCACAUGAGUACAAAGCCAACUGCUGUGGAUCUGCGUGAACAUUUUUUAGAGGCAAUAAUAUAGGGGCGUGUGUUGUCACGCGGUCAGCUUGAACUCUGAUUGAACCCAGCUUGUUCACCUGUGAAAUAUGACAGCACUCCCAUCAUGGAGCUAAGUGAUUUCUUUUUUGUGUGUGCACACGUGUAGAACUUGGCACAAUACCUCAUGAAAAUGUUUUGAAAAGAAGUUUAAACACAUGCUCGUUCAAUGUUGUAUACAUUGGUGAAGUUGCAUGUUUCUGUGUGGUGUCUGGUGUGGAGCAAACGCAGUCGUGGAAAUGUUUUGUUUUUGGAGAUUGUUCAUAUACUCGCAACGCAUUUUAUGUUCGUUUUUUUCCGCUAUUGCUGGCUUAAAGUAUUUAUUUGAAAUGUCAUUAUUCCACUGAGAGAGAUAUUCUAACUUGACGGGUUUUUGGUGUGGUUCCAAAUAAAGAAUUGAUCGCCCAUAA